GUUUAAUUAAUUAACUCUCGUGGCCAUCAGACUAUAAAAGCCCCCUGUUCUGACCGUCAGGCCAUGUUCGACUUUGCGGCUUGACCAUCUGCAGGGAUAAACAUGAUCUACGUCGCUUUUCUCUGCCUUUUCGCCCUGGCCCUAGGGCAGGAGUCAGAAAACCCAUCCAGGAGAAUCACAGACCAGUGCCAGCGUACUGUCGAUGUGGCCGUCAUUGGUGCCGGCACCACUGGAGCCUACGCCGCCUACAAGCUCAAGGACCAGCAGCUCAAGGUCGAGGUCGUUGAGCUCAAGGACGUCGCGGGAGGUCGCCACCAGACCGUCUACCUGCCCGACGUGCCCAGCAUCCCAGUCGAGCUCGGUCAGAGGAUGUACGCCGACAUCCACCCCAUAAUGCAGAGACUGGUUAGCGAGCUGGGUCUGACCCAGGAGGUUUUCCCCGAGGGCUGGGCCAACAAGGAAAGAUUUUACCUGAAGGGACAGCACUACCGACAGGAGGACAUUGAGAGCAACUCAGUUACACUCCCUUAUGACCUGACCCCCGAGGAGAAACAGAACCAAGGGAACAUCGUCAAAUUCUACUUCAAGAAACUGACUGGCCUUGACCUUCAGCCCCUGAUGCCCAGAGAACAGCGUCUUCUCCUGAAGGUUAUCAAGACCAACAAACGGCUCUAUGAGCACAGGAUCGAUGAGGCCCUUGACCUUGUGGCUAGCCCUGGCGGCAAGGAAUUCUUCAAGGCCAUCGUCAAGUCCCGCUACGCCAUCUACAAGGACGCCAGCGCCCUCUUGGUUUUCGGUGACGAGAUGGACUACAACAACGCUAACACCACCCUGUACAAAGUCAGAGAGGGAAUGGACUCCAUCCCUAAGAAACUCAUCGAGAAGUUCACUAUGGCUAGCUCAAGCAACAAGGUGACCUUCAACCGUAAACUCGAGGCCAUCCAGCGAUUCCAGAACAUGACCUACAUCCUGAAACUCAAGGAGACCAAGACUGUGGAUGGCAGAAUUAUUGAGCUGGGCCCAGAAGAAUUCCUUUGUGCCAAGCAGGUCAUCCUGGCAAUUCCCAAAGAUUCUCUGGAUCAUCUGCAAUGGUCUGGAACAAAGGGCUGGACCCAGAGAAUGGCCCUGAACGCCGUCAGACCAGUCCCAGAGCACCGGGUGGUCAUGAGCUUCAACGUCGACUUCUGGUCUGGCACCGACUUCCCCAAAAUGACCAACAUCAAGUUCACCGACACCGUCCUUGGGUCACUCCAAGCCUUGGGCAAGUCCAACAACCAGAACCUUCUCCUGGCCACGCUCAACUCCGGGGAAGAAGUUAGACAGCUGGAGAGACUCAACCUAGGCAGCCCAACACAAGGUUCUCUUAACGGCACCCUCCAGGUCUCCGAGGAUCUCAAGUCAGCCAUCGUGGACAAGCUGUUCGAAAUCUUCAAGCUGCAGUCCAGGUCCCUGAUCAACCCCAUCAGUUCUGUGGCGAGAUUCUGGACCGUGCCACCACACGUCGGCGGCGUCACGGUCUGGAGAGCUGGGUUCCACUUCGAGGACGCCAGACAGUCGCUCCAGCAUCCUUCUUUGAUUGACAAGGUGUACAUCGUCACCCCUGACAUCGCAUUCGGCAACCGCCAGGAGUGGACCGAGGGAGGUUUGGAAGAUGUCGACAGGAUCAUGCAGAAAUACAUUUUGUAAGAGCUGAGUCCAGACUCUACUCUGGAAACAACGACAGUUCUGGAGAAAAAAAGGUUUAAAAAUCUGGCUAAUGCAGACGUGACAAGGAAAUGUUUGUUUGUUUGUUUGUUUGUUUGUACAGUCGUGAGUUAUUUCUCUCUCCGGCACAUGGUUUACUUAACUCAUGGAAUAUAUCCAAGUAGAAUUGCGUGUCUAAAUAAAUUGAAACAAAUUUCAAA